CAACACGUCGCUGCCGGCUUUCCACACGCUCAUCCGUGGCCGCGGGAGACAACGCAUCCACUCCUGACCUUCUUUUACGAUCAUUCCCUCCUUUGCUGACUGCAUGUUCAGCCACACACUGCCCCCUCCUGCGCAUCCUCACUUCGGCCCCGCCGCAUGCAGCCCGGGCGAGCAUGGACAGUCGCGUCCUCGAGCAUCAUCCUCACGCCCACUUCGGAGGCACCUUGGGCGGGCUGGUGGGUUUUCCGUACCCGCUCGGUCCUCACCACCACCAGCAGCACCAGCAUCACCAGCAACAUCACCACCAUCACUCCCAGCAGCAGGUCUACGAGCUCGCCAGCGCGCACCAGCUUCAAUCUGCGGCCGCCGUCCCCUUCUCCAUAGACGGAUUACUUAACGGCUCCUGCUCGGCCUCUGUGGUCAGUUCCAGCGGGCUCUUGUCGCCCGACGGACAGUACAAACUCUCCGAUUCCGGGGACCCAGACAAAGAAAGUCCUGGUUGUAAACGGAGAAGAACCAGGACCAACUUCACAGGCUGGCAGCUGGAGGAGCUGGAGAAGGCCUUCAACGAGAGCCACUACCCUGAUGUGUUCAUGCGGGAGGCACUGGCCCUCAGGCUCGACCUGGUGGAGUCCAGGGUUCAGGUUUGGUUCCAGAACCGACGUGCUAAGUGGAGGAAGAAGGAGAACACAAAGAAAGGGCCCGGCCGGCCUGCGCACAACUCCCAUCCAACCACAUGCAGCGGUGAGCCCAUGGACCCAGAGGAGAUUGCGCGGCGCGAACAAGAGCGCGCGGAGAAGAAGAAACGCAAGCAGGAGCGGAAGCUGCUCAAGUCACAGAACAAACUUCUUCAAGGCGACAGCUUCCACACGCCCGGCGGUUCAGAAAGCGACAGUGGUGUGUCGCAAUUCACCGACAGCGAGCAACAGCCAACUUCGGGCCUGAACGGGAAUAUUCACGUGGACCUUCCCCCAACAACGAGAGGCGCCGAAGGACAACACCAAACCGAAUCCAGCUGUGACCAAACAAGACACAACUUCAACCACCAAAACCAAAGAAGAGAAGCAGAGCAGGUUUCUCCGGGAAGCACGCACAGCUCUGGUAGUCCUGCGGGUCCGAGGUCCGAGGCCCUGCAGAAGCGGAACCCUUUCAGCGUGGAGAGCCUUCUCUCAGACUCUACGCCUCGACGGAAACCACAGCUGGACUUCUCUCUGCCUACUCAGAGGACACUGGUGGGUAAAGGUCACUUUUUGCUUUACCCCAUUACCCAUCAGCCCCUUGGCUUUCUUGUGCCACAGACGGCCUUGAAGGCAGCACCAUGUCAGGAGGGCAUCAACAGGCUCCACCUAGGACAAAGCCUUGAACAGACUCCCACUGACCUUUCUUGCAGUCUCACUAAGCCUACAACCACGGAUCAUAAAACACCCAACCACCACGGUCCUGAUAGCAAUAGAGGCGACUCAGAGGAGCAUGCUGGCGACUGUGGUACGCUUCCCGACUCUCUGACGUCCUUGCAGUGCAGCAAUUCAGACGAGACGCAAGCAGAGGCCAAGCUGACCAAAGACUGCCAAGCUGAGGAGCAGAGCGUGAAAGAGGAACGGAGUGCAAACGAGGAGCGAGGUGCAAAAGAGGAGCCGGCAUCUCCGGACCUCUCAGAGUGUCUUAGCAUAAACACAGACUGUAGAGAUGCACCCGAAACAGAUGGCGAGGAUGUGGAUAUGGACUAAUGCAUGCUUGCUCAGAAACAGUCAGAAAUCGGGGCACAGUUGGAGUCCAUUUUGCUCCUUCAAGGUACCGUCUACACUAAUGUACCUCAUAGAGCUGAUCGGUAGACUCAAUGGUACCUCGUCCACGGCCGCUAAAGGUACAGGAAUGUUCCCAAGCUGUCAAAGGCUCAAUGGAUACAAAAACCUUUAAGGUUUGACAAGUCAUCAUACUCCUUAAGGUACCUUUCGUUCUGAGAGUGGACUGUUCAAACAUUCCCAAAGCUCUGCACACAGUAGAUGCUUGCAAACAUAUCAGGAAUAGACGCGUUUCCACCAAGCGGCACAGUUCAGUUCGCUUAGGUACAGUUUGGAACGGUAAACCCUCAUUUGGUGCACUAAACAAACAGCAUACAGGCAUUAUAGCAGUGCAACAAAAGCCUCUACUGCACAGAAAUUCAGCAGAAUAUCUGCAUCACAGCUGUAACGGAAGAACUGUCAGUAACUUACUUUUCAUGUAGAACCCAGCGAAGACGAGGAAUAUUUCUGCAAUUGUGUGUGACUCAGUCAAUUUAACACAGAUCUGGCAAUAAUCUUUCACACAGAACCUAGCAAAGGUGGAUUAUUGACACAGUUGCAUGCGACAAAAGUUUCCUUUCAUACAAAACACAGUGAAGGCAGAAUAUUGCUGCAACUGUGUAUGACUCAGACAGUUUCACACAGCUGUCCCACCAUUUUGGCAUUUACACGACUAACGCAGGCGUAGUACCAGCUCUGUCACAGCUCUGAUGCUAUCUUCGAAGGUGGAAUAUUGGAGGGGUGUGAUAUUCUACAGAACAUACAUCAUACAGUACAUCUGUAUGUCUUGAACAAGCUGUGUGAAAGGGGCUAAAGUCAUUAAUUCAUUCAUUCAUUGCUUGUCGCCCAAUUAAUGAACUGCAGUGUGCCCCCUGCCACCCUUUAGGCCAUUUGGUAGCACAAAAGAAAAAUGACAAAAAUCCCUAUUUCGGCAUUCUACACAACUUUCAACAAUGGUGGGAAAAAAUGUGUACCAUCCCAUUGAGAACUGAACUGCACAACUUGGUGGAAAAGGGGCUUUAAUUCCCACCUACUUUUUUAAAUCACCUGUCCAAAAUGCUGAGGUUAAUCCUCCUCCUCCUCAUCACCCUCAUCAUCAGAUGCAGGUUUCCCCUCUCUUUUUGGUUGAGCAAAACCUGUAAAAGAAAACAUCUUUACUUGCAACCGAAAUCCUCAGAUAUUGUACAAAGGAGAAAAUGAUAUUUAUAUGUAAACGUUUUGAUAAAUAAAAGCUAUUGUUUAAAAAGUGAGCGCUGUCUUUGCAGGCAUGGAGCAAGAAGGGAAGGGAAAGGGGGGCGGCGACUUAGAACAGAUAAAUCCUCCAUCUUUGCAGUGCGCAGCUCACCACCGUCUGGCUGUUUGUAUUUAUUGCUUUAACAAAUUUAUUCAUUUGAAAAAGGCCGGCCCGGAAUGAGGUUAGUGGCCACCGGCUAUAGGACCCUGCACCUCCUGCAGAGUUUUGAUAUGAAAGUAAUUAUUUUCCCACUGGCUGCUGCAGGGUCUCCAGGCAGCCCCCGUCCCUCUCCCCCACCCACCCCUU